GCCGGGAAGGUACUUGUACCCUUCAGCUGUGUGAGCGAUGGUAUCUUACAUCAGUCACCAUGUCCCCGACCUGCACCAUACCAUACGAAGUAUUACUCGAAUUCAUUAACGACUCGUCAGAUACUGCAACCAUGCAGGUCUUCCGUGGGGAGGAUGGGACGCGCACGGGUGCAACGUUGUUGAUUCACCGAGGGGAGAGUAUUUCCCUCGUACUGACAGCGGGCUCCCUGUAUCAGUAUGGUCUUCGACACAGAGGGAGGGAGGCGAAUGUAUCCGUGAAAGUAUGGCAAGACGUCCAGUGUAGACUUUCGACAAUAUUUUCUGGCUCGAUCUUGCACCGAUCGCAAGAGGAGCUAGCCUCAAAAGGAGUGAAAAUUACGCUCUCGCCUGCAGAUUUCGUUAUCAAUGGGGAGGCACGCAGACUAGGAUGAGUCGCAUAUAGCGCUUCGUCAUGCAGGAGGUCCUCGGGACCUGAUACUCAGAGAACUCAAUCU